AUGGCCAUUAGCCAUCUGGGGUUGUCGGCCGUUGGCUGGCAUUUAAUGAUUGACUCUUGGUGGGACUUGCUCCUCGCUGGAUUCAUACUCGCCAGCAUUGUACUGGGAUCUUCAUAUUUAUUAUACAACGGCUGCCGUUUAAUCAUUCGACGGGCCAAGACAAAACGCCCGAAAUCUUCGCUCCCGCGUCAAAUCGCGCGUUAUUUUGCCAGCUUGCGGCGAAGCUCAAAAAGUUUCCAAACACGCUUCACUUCAGAAAAGAUUACAAAGGAGGAACUCAACUCCUUCGGCGUCUUCCUCGGUAACUUUUCUCAGCCGCCGACCGCCGUCCAGCAUCGACUUCUUUCUCGGUGGGACAUCCUUGUCGUCGAUCCCUUUCAGGACGGCGUCGCCAAUGCAUUGAAGACCUGCCAGCCCACCGCCAAACAUGUCCUUGGCCGCAUCGACGUGCAAGCGCUGACCAAGCACGAUGACUUGGGCGACAAACCGGAGGAUGUCAUCAGGAAGCUGACCACGGUCACGCAGGCGCUGCACUCGCACCUGAGAGACGGGAGCCGGGAGCGUUCGGCGUACCGCGGCGUGUUGCUCGCCGGCUUCCGCGAGCAUUUCCAGCCGCCAGUUAUGAACGAGCUGUGCCGACACAUCAAGGACCUCGGACUCGACGUAUGGCUUGAACUGUCGUGCCCAGAGUACCUAGCCGAGCAUGAGGCACGCGCCCUGGACAUGAAGCACAUCAAGGGCAUCGUUUACCGCAACGGCACCAUUCGACAAGAUGGCGACAGGCAGAACUUCUUCCAGAUGGAGGCGAUGCGUACCGUCAUGCGUGCAGUUGCCGCACAGCGUGUGGCCCAUGGCCCUGCGCUCGUCAUGUGGGAGACGGUAGACGACGACAAGCAGAUGCAAUUCGCCGUCGUCAUGCGCGCGUACAGCUGGUGCACGUACAAUAGCGCGCUGUGCUGGAUAGGUCACGCCGAUGCGUUGCUGGAUGCGGAGCGUGCGCACACUCGGUCCAUCGCGACCAAGCCUCUGGGAGCCCUCAUGUGGUUGAAGAACGAGGCGAACAUGGGCGCCCACGACACUUGGCGUGCGAACAACAAGAUCUCCCUUACCUCGACCAGCCGGGAUGCAAUCUAUGACUCUAUUUCCGCGUUUCUUCCGGAUCUCUCGGCACAGCUCCGUCUUCUGCCACCGGCAGGUGAUGGUUGCUGGAUGCGGAGCCCUCUGGGAGCCCUCAUGUGGUUGAAGAACGAGGCGAACAUGGGCGCCCACGACACUUGGCGUGCGAACAACAAGAUCUCCCUUACCUCGACCAGCCGGGAUGCAAUCUAUGACUCUAUUUCCGCGUUUCUUACGGAUCGCUCGGCACAGCUCCGUCUUCUGCCACCGGCAGUUGAUGUCUCCCAGCCAGGCCCGCCGCCGGCUUCCAGGCACGGCGCCCCGUUGCGAGGCGCGCUCGUUCCAAGCGAUUCUCCCUUCGACUCUCCACGAGCCGCACACGCAUUGUCCGUCGUGUCCAGGAACAGCAGCAACCUCGACCUCGACCUCGAUCUCGACUCCGUGGGGCUUGGCUGCUUCCAACUCGGCCACAAGGCCACCUUUGCCGACUUUGCACAAAUUCGCCUGAACCAGAGCAACCUUGCCGAGCUUGAUCUGCUGGCGAAGCUCAAGCCCGACGAGCUGAGCAACGUGCGCAGUCAAAUCGAGACACUGUGCGACGACGCCGACCUCAGCCCAAGGACCCUCCGUGCCAUCCACGACCUCGUCGAUCUCCUUGGCACAUGCACUCCCGACAAUGAGCAAGAUGCACGCAUCAAGGUCUUCUCCGGCCUGCAUUCAGGCUUCCAGACUGGCUCCGGGACGCAGUACUGGGGUGUCUAUGAGCUCGGCCAUGAGGAUUCCAUCACCUUGUACCUGUCCAACAAGGCCAAGGACCGCACAGGAACGAUUCUGCACACAUUCCUCUCCAGCCGUCAACUGACAUGUGCCGAGUGCUUCCUAGUCGAGCAGGCCUUGGCCAAGAAGACGGGACGUCUUGACGACUCGUGGCAGCUGUGUACUCGCAUUGUCCACGAUCUUGAGCGCCUCUCACCGGCCGAGGCCAUCUUGUUCCUCAGACGACUCCAGUCCUCUACAGCAAGCUCGCAGUUCCUGGCCCGAGUUCGCAGCUGCCUCGAGUAUCAACUGCUCGAUAUACCGUCGCUCACCCAGCAGCGCGUCCUCAGCUCUGUUGACUACCUGAGCGGCAACAUCUCUGCUGAAACGCUGGUUGAUGCCCGCCUGGCAUGGCUUGCCGGCAAGGGAUGCUGGACUCCCGAUCGCACCAGGGCCAUUCAACUUUUCCACGACGUCGGAGACCGCCUGUACGCUGUUCUCAUGCAGGGUGAAACCUCUACUCUUGAGCAGCUGAGUCGCGGUAUACAGCAACUCGUGCAGCAGGGCCAAGUCGAUGCUGGAGUCGACAUCUUCGCCCUCGCCGUCUUCAGCGCAUUCCGCAAGCUUGCGCUUGACGAAGUCUACCUCGAGGUCCUUGAUCGCAACGUAUAUCCCAACCACGCUGCCGAUCAGGCGGGCUGCUUUGCGGAAAACUUUGCUCUGGGCUCGCGCUGCGACUCCUUCUUCGAUACCACCCCUCGCGCCGUCGGUCGCAUCAUUGCUGACCGCUACCGUGCCUACUACAUGAAGUAUCAGCCACCCAUGCGUGACGAGAUGUUUACGGAGCUCCCCACCGCAUAUGCUGCCAUGCAGGUCGAUUUUGACCCCGACGACGGCAAGGAGAAGGUGACUGUCGCAUACAGGAUUACCUUUUUUGCCAUUUUCGCCGUCCCUGCACUCAUCGAUGUCAUGUUGCUGACCACCAUUGGACGCGGCUUAUACCUAACCACCUUUAUGUCCUCGGAGCAAAAGACGAUGGCUACGACGGCUCUUAUGCUGGCCCUGCUGAUGAGCGGUGCAUUUGGUGGUUGGAUCUGCUCAGGUGGAAGUUACUACUUCUACGCAAACACGUUUCCUGCAAUGAACUUGUUCGUGUUGACCAGAUGGAUUGCCGGUUUCGCGACAAGCAUCAUCGCCGCCAUUGGCGGCUUUAUUGUGGUCGCUUUGGUGCAGAGAUUGUCGGCUGCACUCAUCUUUUUGUUCUACUUCCUCAUGCUGUCCACAUAUCUGCUGGUCCUAAAUGCCCUAUCCAUCUACCAGCUGCCUGGGUCGAGCUUCCUCUCGGGUAGAACCGUCAUCUUCUCUUGCAUGCCGAUCCUUUGCAUCUCCCCCAUUGUCAGCAUGUUCACGGAAAACGACAUCGUUGUCUACCUCCCGGUCCUGAGCUGCUUCUUGAUUGCUCUCCUGGUGGGCGCCCAGAGCACCAUUUCGCAGUGGAGCUCUUGGUACCUCAAAAUCCCCUUUGUCACCGACGCCGAGGUUAUCGGCUGGUAUCGCCAAAGCACCAAAGCUGAGGCCGCGGAUCUCGCCAACCUGGAUGACAAGGACAUGAUGCCUAUAGCGCGCUCUGCGAUUCACGCUGCUGUUCUCAAGGAGUGCAACCGCUUCUACUUCUCCAAGCGUUCCCCAGAUCCGCUCGUUAGGAAGCUGGCUGAAGGUUACGAGUCUACCAUGUUCCUCAUGCGAUGGUACUGCAGACACAAGAGAUCUCGCUUGCCAUUUCCCUACAGCACCACAUGGAACCUUACUCUCAAGGCCGGCAUGGAGAACUUGACCAACAUGCAGAAGGGACUCAAGCUACACAGCGCCUUCUUGCACUGGCGAGCUACUGGCCGCGACAUCUGGUCUGGUCUGCUCUACUUCGUCGUGGCUCUCUUGGACAAAUGGGUCGCUCUCUUCACUGGCGGCGGCCUGGUCGGUCUCUCCGCCGCCAGCAGCGAGGAAUUUCGGCUUGGCAUUGGCUUUGGUCUCUGCUACUACCUCGUUGGUGCAGUCUCUCUUGACAUCGUGUCUCAGCCUCUGUGGACAGCCGCCAACGAGAAGUCCACCAAGCCCAUCACUUCACUCGAGUCCCUCAAAGUCAUCAAUGCUGAGGAGUCCCAAGCCAGGCGCAGGCUCUACUGGAGGUCACUUUGCAAGUUCUUCUUCUUCCACAUCUGGGGCGCUGCCAUUUUUGCGGCUCUUAUGUGGGUGUUCCAGUCCUCGCGCGACAACACCAUCAUGUUCCUGGGAUACAUCGUUGCCUACUCCGGUCUACUGGGAUAUCAGUUCAACAAAAUCUUCUGCGGAACCAACGGCGCCGCUGCCCUCGCUGUUGGCGCUCUCGCAGGUCUUCCCACUGGUCUUGCCCUUCACAAGGGUAUGCCUGGCUUCUCGUAUAGCGGUCUCAUAUGCCUGGGUGUUGCCACGUGGGUGUCUUGCAUUUGGUCUUUCUUCUCCGCCAACCUGGGUUGGCCAACCUUCUUCAAGUCUGCACCAAAGUCUGAGGUAUCCGCUGAGAAGCACAACGCCGAGUCUUCCAAAAUUACCUACUCUGUCAGUGCUCUGCAGCCCCUCCCAGAACUAUCCCAGAGCACCCUUUCGAAAAUGUUUGAGUCGGCCCGCAAUCUCCCGGCGGACGAGCGGUACUUUCUCGAUUCAGCUGAGCAUCCUGGUCAGAGAGUUGUGGAACUUCUUUCUUCGCAUAUGAUGUCGCAAAGUCCGGAAAUCCUCACAGACGCCUUCCCAUCAGCCAACGAGCUGCUCCAAGUGGCUGUGCAAAACUGGGAGAAUGGCAAGAUUGUUGUCGAGCUCGUGUCCUCCCAUCAUUUCUCCCAGUCGGACAUUGAAAUCCGGUCCAUUAGCCGUCAUUGUGACCAAACACUGCACAUUUUGGUCAUUCUCGACUCGCACCCCGUGGACAAUCAUCGCACAUUGACAAUGUAUCGUCACUGGAAGGUCAUCGCGGAGGCGGUUAUCAGGGCCACCGCACAGCACCUACUCGGCUUGUCUUGCCAUGACUCUAUCCUUGCUGAGCUGCUGGUUGUCGAUCACUUUGAUAACAUCGAGAUAUCGAUUCCCGAAGGAGUCAAGCGCCAGCUCAAAAUGUCGUCCGCGGAGCGAACUCGGGUGAUUCGUGAGGGCAACCAGACUCUCCUCCGCUACAUUCUUCUCGGCGUGGACUUGGAGGUGGAGUGGGACCUGCUCCCCGAGCACAUUCGGCGCUUCCUGCUUCAGCGCUGUGAUGGAUGGGCUGGACCGUUGUCAGAUGGCGAAGAGAGCUGGCUGCAUCAUAGACUCCUCUCUCAAGGCUCUUCCGGAAAUGUAGAAAGUCACAUUGCUCGCUGCAAAUUGGGCGUCGCUCUCACCACCGCCAUCCUCGCAUAUGCGCACGAUCUUGAGGCUGACGGCUACCUUGAGAACCCACCUCACGCCGACAUCGAAGACCGUGGGGACAGUGUCCAAUCCGGUGAUGAGAUGCCAAGCACGGGGUUUGCAUCCCUCAUCAAGCCUACUUCAUCACGUAUUCUUCAAAAUGUCAAUCUGUGCAUCAAGUUCCUAAUCAUUUCCUUGAUUGCCGACCCGGAGUACCAGAGGGAGCUGGACUUUGUAAUACAGGAUAAGCCGGGCUUCGUUCGCUGGCCAUUGGUCUUCUUUCUCAACACUAUCUGGUCCUAUUGUAAAUUCUGGCAGAACGUGCUCAUUCCCUUGGUUCUAUUCCACGGUCGUGAGCACGUGGCCAGGGUCCAGAAACACAUCAAAGGCAUGACAACUGUUCUGGAGAAGCGCAAGAUCGUCACCGAAAGCUUUAGUGGCCCAUCUACCUGGUUCUGGACUGUUCGGGCCGACGGUAGCUUGAGAGUGUCUCAAUAUCAGGGUCGCCAUGAUAGUGAACCCAGCAACAUUCAGAAGCUGAUGGCCGUGAACAUGUACACGAACAAGCUGGUCUUGCAACAGAGGGAUGUCUACAGCAAGGGGGUUGUCAGUAGCUCAUACCAGUAUGAGUACGAGAACGGCGAUUCGAGACUUCCCCUUCAGCGUCAGUGCUUAUCCGGCGAUCGCCAAGGCGAGAUUGUCCAAUAUGAUCGUCGAGGUUACAUCACGUCUGGUUCCGCUAUGAGAGGCGUCAACCGAGUCACUUGGAAGUUCUGGUAUCGUAAGAACGCCAAGCACGAGGAUGAGUUGCUCUGGGCCGAAUACACCUUCCCUCACAUUACCGUGAAAGUGCUUUGGAGCAUGCCUCCCCGCAAUCCUCAGAAGCGUCUGGAACAAUGGAUCCCGUUUUCUACCGUAACGGAGGCUACAUUCAUCCAUGGUCAUGAUGUGUACCACGCCUCUUGGGGUUUUGAACACAAAUCUCAUCCCGAGUUGUCGGUCACUCUCAACGGGAACCCUAUAACGACCCCACCCAUGAUCAAGGAGGAUUGGUUUCAGGUCCUGCAGAAGCCCGAGAAGUGCAGCUUUCAGAGCGAGAACCCGCUCCUGCCUUUCUCAUCCAUUAAGACCAACCCCGUAUCUCGUCUUCUGGGAUUCAACAUCAGGCGAUACCCGAUCCCUACCUCGGUUGCGCGUACUCAACUCUGGAAGGCAUGGAAGGACGGCCGCGAAGUGGACGCCAUUAGUGCCAGAUGGUUGGACGAAAAGCUGCUCCGCUCUGACUAUAUCAUGCGCCCUUACUGGAGAAAGCGCGACUUUGGUCGUCUGGAGGCUGCCAAGAAGUACCUUGAUGCUCAGGCUGAUACCAUCAUGGCCCGGGUUGACCUUGACUCGACCAUUAGCCCAUGGGUGCACAUUGCCUACAAGAUUGCUGAUUUGUAUAGCUUUGGUCCCGGUGGCGACGCUCGUAUCAACACCCGCAAGUUGGAAUCUCAGCUCCACGAUACCCCUGAGGAGCUCCAUGUUCUUGCCAUGGAUACCUCGACUUGGCCCAAUGACCCCGGUGGUGUGUCUGCCUGCCGACGGGACAUGGUCAACGACCCCAAAACAAUCAAAUGGCAUGUCGUCGCCGAGUCAGCCAAUGAUUAUGGCGUUCCCCGGUUCCAAAUUGAGCGAAAUGUCCAGUCUCUGACCAUAUUGCCACUUUGGGGUUUGGAUUUCCUGAAUCCCACACACGGUGUGCUGGAGACAAGUCUUGAUUCGGCAGUGGUGCAGCGGUCACACAUGACGCGCACUGCAGAUAUCACACAAAACUUCCUGCCCAUUCUCAGCAGCCUCGUCAAAUGCUCGCGAAUUACUCAUUUGAACCGCCAGCACAUCGAGGAGGCUACCAGGGCCUUGGUGGACCUCAACACCUACUUUGAGAAAACCCGUAAUUGGAACGACGUUUGGCAGCACCCCGUUGUCAAGGAAAAGUGGCGCGAGCUAUGGCUGACGGAAAGCUUGGAGGGUGCCUUCAACAUCUCCCAGUGGUGGGACUUCGAGAAGCCCAGCCUCAAGCAGCUCGAUCUCGCGCUGGACUUGUGGUGCCGCUACCUUUUCAUCUUCUCCCUGCCCGUCCCCGAGGAGAUCCCCGAUGUCUUCCAAGCGUCGCACCACUUCACGGGAGCAACGUACGGCAUCGUCUGCAAGGCCAAGCGCAACUGCACCCUGCACAUCUGGGACCACUGUAUUAGUUACCGAGAAUUUACUACUUUUAUGAGCUCGGCCGUUUCGUACGACGCGCCGUUUGUCAACAGCUCUCUCAUUUCUCUGACACACCUCAGUUGCGUUCUGCUUGAACACCACGCUGAUGUCGUUCUACCCUGCUGUGACUACUUCAACCCCGGAUGGGAGGUGGAGCUUGGCACCGCCGAGGGUGUUAUCGAGCAUCGCCGGACCUUUGAGCGCAAGAUUGACCCUGUCGUCAAUGGCAUCUGUAACAUGGAAAAGUUUGAGCCCAUCAAGACCAUCAAGACCAACCAGCCUACAGUGGUUAUGUUGUCACAUGUUCAGUACGCCAAAGACAUCAAGAACGCUAUCAUGGCGACGGACAUUAUUGUCAACAAAUGGGGCAUCAAGGACUAUCGCCUCCACGUGUACGGCGAUCAGGAGCGUGCCGCAACCAUUGCCACCGAGUGUCAGGAGCUCAUCGCCUCCAAGAACCUUCAGGACUACUGCAUCCUCAAGGGCCUUGGCAACCCGUCAGUGGUCCUCCAAGACGCCUGGCUGUUCCUCAACUCGUCCAUCUCCGAGGGCCUGCCCCUGGCCAUGGGCGAAGCUGCGCUGACGGGUGUGCCCGUAGUGUGCACCGACGUGGGAGCCUCGUAUUGUGUGGUGACGGACCGUGCGACGGGCGACCGGUUCAGCGAGGUGGUGCCGCCAAACGACUCGGAGUCGCUGGCCCGGGCGCAGAUCAGUGUGAUGGGACUUCUCGGCCGGUGGGCAGAGUACGCUGACGACCCGCCCGGCGCCGAGGUGCCGGUGCUGGGAUACCCGAUGCCGACGCCGGAGCAGGUGGAGCAGAUCUCGAAGCGCAUCUACGCCAAGACGGAGCAGCGUCGUGCACUGGGCAUGCGCGGCCGCCAGAAUGUGCUCAACAACUUCUCGUCGGAGCGAUAUCUUCGAGAGCACGAGCAGAUGCUGUGGGUUGGCAAGUAUCGCAGCCAGGCGUACCGCUCAAGGGUUGCCGUGACAGGAUCCAGCACGCCGACCUCGCUGCCGUCUUCCCAGUGGGUCUCUCGCCUCACCCCCGAGUCGUGGAUCUCGCUGUCAACGGAAAAUCUGACUAUUAUUCAUUAUUGA